AUGCUGGACGACAACAAGAAGAUCGGAAUUGGUCUUUGUGGUGUUGGAGUGCUGUGCGUGACCUUGGGCAUCUUCUUGCUCUUUGAUCGUACGCUCCUUGCUUUGGGGAAUGUGGCCUUCCUCUUUGGGUUGGCCCUGCUUCUUGGUCCGACCAAGGCCUUCAAGUUCUUCUUCCGAAAGGACAAGUGGAAGGGCACCACCGGAUACUUCCUCGGCAUUGCCAUCAUCAUUGUGGGCUGGCCAUUCUUCGGGUUCCUCACAGAAAUGUAUGGGAUUUGGAAGCUUUUUGCGGCAUUCUUGCCGAACGUCCUAGCUUCACUGAAGAUGACCGUGCCCGGUGCAGCUACCGUCCUCAACAUGUGGCCGCUUUCGUCGCUGUGCAACUUGAUCAAUGAUCAACGCCGACUGCCAGUGUGA